AUGAUUUCUGGCAAUUUGUUUCCAAUGACAGCAGAUAAUUCGUCAUUUAGAAUUGGUUGGAAAAUAUAUAGCGCCGUUAUAUGGUUGAUACUUAUAAUCAUAGUCAUCGGGUUCUUCUUUGGUUUCAUGUUGGUGCCAAAGGCAAAAGCUAUAAGUGAUGGUAUGAUUGGCACCGUGUUCAUCGUAGAAGUAUUCUUCAUGGUUGUGCGUAUUCAUACAAAAAGAAAUCUCGUGAAAAAGUUUAUCCAGAAUAUGAAUGACAUUCUUCACGUUCAGGACGAAACUAUGAGACAUAUCGUGAUAUCAUCUCUAAAACUGAUGCAUUCUCCAUUUAAGUUUUAUUGGCUGUCCGGCAUAAUAACCAGCACAAUUUGGAUCGGCGUGCCGUUUACUUCAGUUUUCAAGAAGAGUUCUUUCUUUUACGAGGAUUUUAGAUUACCGUUUGCUAUUUCCAAACAACCAUUUUCAACAGAAAUUUUCCUAUUAGGCGAAAUAAUGUUGACAAUCUGCAGCAUAUUUAUUGUUGGAAAAAAAGUCGCGGUGGAUAUUUACAUGUUGAAUUUUGUGCUGUUGAUGACAGCACAAUAUCGCUACAUUGCGAUGAAGCUUGAAAACAUAUUUCAAGAAGAGUAUUCGGAAGACAAUUAUAAUAAUUCUCAACAAAAACAUCGUCCUAAAACAAAAUCAUGGGCAGAAACAGAGAUAAAAGCAGUAUGUCGACAUCACAACACCGUAGUUUAG